AUGGUCUCACAAUCAGAUUACCGAUACUCAUUCGUCCUUUCUACGCCUAUUAACAUGUCAAUGAUGCAGAAGAAGGAAAAUUUGCUGUAUUUAUUGUUCAGAGGAAGUGUUGGCAGACCCCCUACUGCUGUAGCAAUUUACAUUGGAUCGCAAGGGACAAGGUGUUGUCAUCCAGGUAUAGCCCAUCUUUUUCGACACCUUUCCUUUUUCCCAUUCGUUUGCUAUUAUUUCUUACAGGCGUAUAUUAAAAAUCACAUUUUCCCAGAAUUACAACCGUUCAACUUCACAAGUGCAUAUAUUUUUGUCAACAUGAAAUAUUGGCAGUAUGUAUCCCGGAUCCGGAAUACUGAAAAAUAUGGAAUGACGCAAGGACAUCAUCCACUUAUAAAAUGUUGA